AUGAAGCCUCAAAUUACUGAAAGCGUCGUGUUCAUAGAAAAUGCUGUAGAUGUGUGGAAUGAUCUAAAAGAAAGGUAUCUUCAAGGAGACAUAAUUCGUGUGGCUGCUCUUUAUCAAGAUCUUUCGAAUUUCAAGCAAGGGAAUCUCAAAGUUUCUGAAUACUUCACUGAAAUGAGGGCUCUGUGGGAAGAAAUUGAUCAAUUCAGGCCCAUGCCUCAAUGCACAUGCCCACGGCCAUGUGUUUUUGCUGCAAUGCAUAGUGCAAGGAGUUUCAAGAAAGAAGACCAAAUCAUCCAGUUCCUUAUGGGGCUGAAUGAGCAAUAUCAAACCAAAGCUGAAGAAACAGACGUUUUAGCUAAUUCAUUUGAAACUGGAUAUCCAAACCGUAAUUCUGGUAGAGGCAGAGGACAUAGUGGAUAUAAUGGAGGAAGAGGUCGAGGUAAUGCAUACAAAGAGAAGGUGUGUACACAUUGUGGAAAUAAUGGCCAUAUAGUCGAUAUUUGCCAUAGAAAACAUGGAUAUCCACCAGGAUGGGGAUCUGCUCGAGGAAAUGCCUUAGUCAACAAUGCUGGGAAUGAUGCACAAGAAAUUGGUACAAAUAUGAAGUUGAAGACUGAUGAGGGUAGCAUGGUUAUCACCAAAGAUCAAUACAACUCAUUAAUUUCUCUACUUGAGAGGAACAACAUAGAUGGAGCCAAGCAUACCUCAAACAUGGUGAUAGGAGAAAGUAGCAGCUGCUAUUCUGCAGGAGCAUCAGGAUUUAACAUUAAUUUGAUUUCUGUAUCGAAAUUAUCUGAGCAAAACAACUGUACCAUAGUGUUUGAAGAUGAUUCCUGCAUUGUACAGGAAAGAGGAACUAUGAAGAGGAUUGGUUUGGCUAAGCUGAAGAAUGGAAUUUAUUACUUGGAGUUUGACCAGGUAAAGUUGAAUGCUACUGUUCAUGUUGAUAGUGCAGAUGUAAGUAGAUUGUGGCAUCUCAGAUUAGGCCAUUUAUCACUUGAUAGAACUAAAUGUUUAAAUAAGACAUAUGGAUAUGUACAUGAUUCAGACCAUGUUGCUUGUGCGUAG